AUGGACUUCCAACCUGACCUUCCUAUCCCGAUCUCGUACAUUGCGGGUAACUACUAUGUCUUCUCCAUUGACGCCGUCUCGUACCUCAGACGCGAGCACCAUAUCUGCGGCGUCCUCAUAGGCACCUUGCCGCAGAUCCCCCAACAAAACAUCUUCCUGGGCCUGCCCCUGGAGUUAAUGCCCGAGGAAGCCCGGCUGCUGGUGGAAAAGGGUGUAGCUUGCAUUGUAGACGAGGUAAAAGUCCAGAAGCAGGGAAUGAAAGCCCUCAUGGAAGACGACCGCAGGCGGUAUCUCCAUGACCUAGAAUCCCAAGGCCUCCAAGCUAUGCGCGUGCAGACUAGCCGAAAAGAGCAGCAGAAAGAGAAAGCCUUAAAGAAGAUAGAACAGCAGAAGAAGGCCGGAAAGGCGAAGAGUGAUGCCCGGAAAGCGUCCGAGGCGGACGACAAGGCGGACAAUCCAAUGCUGGAUCUCUUCGCAGACGAUAAUGGUCGAGCCGCGAGUCCUAGCCCGACGAUUUCAUCCUCGACUGGUGCUUCGAUUUCUAAAUCUGACGCCGCGAUGGGCAUUACACCUCCCACGUCCCAUCCUCCCCUUCCAUCCAAGCCAUCCGACGAUCAACUGUUGCCGCUGCCCCAGGUGCCGUCGUCGUACCCUCUGUUCGCUCACUUGCAUUCCGCUGGCUACUUUCUCUCUCCGGGAUUGCGGUUCGGAUGUCAGUAUCUUGCCUAUCCUGGGGAUCCUUUGCGCUUCCAUUCUCACUUCGUUGUUGUCUCUGCGGAAUGGGAUGAAGAGCUUGACUUGAUGGAUCUCAUCUCUGGUGGUCGUCUGGGUACCGGUGUGAAGAAGGGAUUCCUCAUCGGCGGUGCGGAGAGGAAGGCUGAGGAGCAUAAGGACUAUCAGGACUGCGUUCGAACAUUCAGUCUUGAGUGGGCUGGAAUGUGA